GAGCACCUGAACACACCAUGAGAUCAGCCCGUGAAUGAUCCUCUGCGCUCCAUCCCUCCAUCCCUCGUUGAGGAUGAAGGUGCAGAACAUCAGGACCGUCUCUCUCAUCCUCUCCAUCGUCUUCUACCUGCUCAUAGGAGCCGCCGUGUUCGACGCGCUGGAGUCGGAAAGUGAGAGCUCCAGAAAGAAGGCGCUGGAGCAGAGGCUGAACGAGCUGAAGAAGAAGUACGGCUUCAGCGAGGGUGAUUACCGGGAAAUAGAGAGAGUUAUCCUGCAGUCGGAGCCGCACCGAGCCGGGAGGCAGUGGAAGUUCGCCGGGUCUUUCUAUUUCGCCAUCACCGUGAUAACCACGAUUGGUUAUGGCCACGCUGUUCCACGCACUGAUGCUGGCAAGGCCUUCUGUAUGUUUUAUGCAGUCGUGGGCAUCCCUCUGACACUGGUCAUGUUCCAGAGCCUGGGCGAGAGGAUCAACACUCUGGUCCGAUAUCUCCUGCAUAGAGCCAAGCAGGGCCUGGGCUUCCAGGAGACGGAGGUGUCCAUGGGGAACAUGGUCCUCGUGGGUCUGCUGUCCUGCGCGAGCACCCUGUGUAUUGGAGCUGCAGCCUUCUCCCAUUUCGAGGACUGGACCUUCUUCAACGCCUGCUACUACUGCUUCAUCACUCUCACCACCAUCGGCUUUGGGGAUUUUGUAGCCCUGCAGAAGAAAGAUGCCCUCCAGAAGCGGCCCCCCUACGUGGCCUUUAGCUUCAUGUACAUUUUAGUCGGGCUGACAGUCGUUGGAGCUUUUCUCAACCUGGUGGUGUUGAGGUUUAUUGCUGUGAACUCAGAUCAGCCCGAGGCGGGGCCAGAAGAGCAAGGAUCGCAGCCUAAAGACACGCAGGAGGACGGGGAGGCGCUGGAUUCAGGAGCAGAAAGUCCUGAGGCUGGACGUAAAGACAGCGAAGACGGACACAGCAGCCGGUGUAACCUUUCUCUUCCUAUGGAGGGCGGCACCAGCUUCACCAGCCUCCUCCCUUCUCCUGCAGAGGAGCACAGUCUGAUCACAUCUGAGCACUGUGAGCUGCCUGAACCCAGCAGAGUCAGUGCCUUGCUCUGCUGCAUGUGCUGCGGCCUGGACGUUUACGACAGCUCCCUGGAGUCUCAACAUGACCCAACAAGCGGCCACAGCAACCCGGUGUUUUACAACUCCAUCUCCUACAGGGUGGACCAGGCCUCCUGCAGCUCCUGCACAGCGUCCUCACCGGCCACCCCCAGCAGUGUGACUCUCUGUCUGGGCAAGAACAUCCAUCACACCAGGCGGAAGUCAUUCUGAUGCUGUAAUUUUGUUUGUUUGGGACUCUUUUUUUUUUUUUGGCAGCACAUUGCCUCACAGUUUCCUAUAUGUAGCACUACAAUAACUAGUACUAUCAGGUAAAAUGUAGCAUAUUUUAACAUUCAUAUACAGUUUAUAAUGUAUUUUUUUACAUUGAAGAUUACUGCUCAACUAAAAAUAUUGAAAGAACUAAUUAAAUCCACUUUACUGCUCCAAAAGUUAGUGUGUGAUCAGCCAGCAGCAAAUGUCACAUGUGCCUGAGAAAGGAGGAGAUGUCUGCAAGAAUAUUUUAGCUGUCAGACUUUCUGCAGCGUUGUCACCUGUGACCUUCAGUUAUUUCCAGUCAGUAAUCAUCGCUGUUUUCUACUAGGAACGUUCACUCUGUCGCUCUGGCUGGUUCCCUAGGUAACGUUUUCAUCUUCGUUGCUCGGUGUUGCGGAAACUGGAGACAGACACGUACAGUACAGCGAGCGGUGAUUGUCUGAAGGCAGCAUCCAGUCAAAACCGUGAUUUACUCACUGCGUCAUCUGUGAUAAAUGAGUGUGUCAACAGACAAUGGAAAAUGAGCAACGGCACUAAAAUGGUGGCAAAUUAGAAAUGUCCCCAAAUGAGUUUUUAAUUGCCCUCUGAGAUGUGUGGUUGAAUCACACAUUGCAAAUUAGGCCUCUAAAUACAAACCACUGAGACAGAGGAAAAAUGUCUUUAAUGCCAUUUUUUACACAUCUGGAAUAAAAAAAAGUUUUGUUUGUUUGAUGUAAAGCUACUAAGGCCUUAAGUUACCAUAAGUGACCACUGAUUUUUAUACAUAAAGUUCAUCUUUUCAUCUUGAAUAAUAGUCGUCUGCCUGAGAAAACCGUUAUUUAAUGUUGUCUGUUACUUAGAAGAGGCUUUCCACAGUCUAAAAUGUAACCCUGUGAUGCAAACUGGAGGCUGGAAAAGAUGAGCAUCUACCAGGAAGUGAGGGUUAAACAAAAUGAUGGUGCUGAUUCAUUGUUAGUAGCAGAAUGUAAAUAUUAACAUUUAUUCAAAUACUGUGCAAGCACAAGUUUGAGGUACUUGAGCUUGAUUUGAGUUUAUCUUCUACUUCUCUAAAUUCUGAAAACAAAGAGUGUUCUAUUUACCACAAUACAUUUUUUAAAAAUUAAU